AUGUUUUUAUAUAAAGAUCACACUCUACACAAUUUAGAGGUAGUAUCGAAGUGCCAUGCUGCAAGCUGUGCGCGUUCAAUAGAGUGCUUGGAAACUAUCGGCCACAAUCCGUGCAAUCGAGGUUCUUCGUCAUCAAAUGACAGCAGAGUACAGGGAUUCGAAAGAGAAUUGGAAGCAGAUAAGAUCCUUGGCUCAGCGAAUGACAAUGGAAAACUAAUGUAUUUGAUACAAUGGAAAGGAACAGAUGCAGUUGACAUGGUGUCUGCUAGUGAAGCCAAUAUCAAGUGUCCUCAGAUUGUUAUCCGAUUUUAUGAGGACAGAAUAACCUGGAAAAGGGCAAAAAAUAAAACCGUAGUAGAUGAGUUUUCUUGAAAAAGUCAGGUUCUGUAUUUUUUUAGCUUUAUUGUGAUUUGUGUAUGCGGUUAAAAUCUCAUUAUAAAUG